AUGGAGCAGGCGAUGCAGCAGGCCGUGCAGGCCCUGCAGGCACUCUACAGCUCGCCCGACCCGGCCGUCAAGAAGCAGGCGGACGACUGGCUCACGAAGUUCCAGCAGACCCCCGAGGCCUGGCAGGUGGCCGACAAGAUCCUGAGCAGCGGGGACUCCCCCGUCCAGUACCGCUUCUUCGCCGCCCAGACGCUGCGCACGAAGGUGCAGUUCGACUUCUACGAGCUGCCCGAGGGGAGCUACGGGAGCCUGCGCGACUCUCUCCUGAAUCACAUAGACAGGUUCCGCGCGCCCGAGUGCCAGCCCAUCCACACCGCGCUGGCCGUCGCGCUCGCGGACCUGGCGAUCCAGAUGGACAACGCUGGGCCAGACCCCGUGGACCUUCUGUUCAAGAGGUACGGUCAGAACCCGGAGAGCUACCCGACGCUGCUGGAGAUCCUGAAAAUGCUUCCCGAGGAGAACAUGAACUACAAGCUGAUGACCGACACCCACAAGCGCAAGAACAGCCGAGAGAGGCUGGCCCAGACCACGCCCCAGGUCGUGGCCUUCCUGCUGGCGAUCCAGUGCCCCUCCGCCCAGGCCAAGAGGAAGGUGCUGGAGUGCUUCCUCAGCUGGAUCAAGCUCACGAACUUGCCGGCCCCGGCCAUCGCCCAGAACCCGCUGAUCCCCGAGUGCCUGGCCUUCGUCAGGGAGGGAGGGGAGCUGAGCGAGACGGCCACGGACAUCAUCAUUGAGGUCUCUCGGGCGAGCUGGGCCUGGAUCCGAGCUUCUACCACUCCGUGA